AUGUUUUAUUUUUAAAUCAUAAUUUUUAUUAUAUCAAAUUAUAGAAUAAGCUAUUUGUUGUUGUAAUUUUUAGAUCUCAGAUUAAAAUAUAUUCAUGAUACUAUUAUAGGUUUUGAAUUUGUAUCUAAGGAAAUUAAAGUAUAGGAUUAAAAUAUAACUAUAUGUAUUUGGGAAACUCCAGGAAAAUUGUAAUCUAGAUUUUUGACUCACAUUUUCUAUAGAGUUGUAUAAUGCAAUAAAUUUUAAGAGUAAUUGAAGGUAUUUCUUGUAUUUUGUUGUUACUAGAAAAUACUCAUUUUAAGGAUUGGUUUAUUAUUAUAAUAAUAUUAUUAGAGAAUUUAAAAGUAAGGAUUUCUUGACUUUUUGAGUAAAUAUAAAUUAUGCUUGCUAUGA